AAUUUUUCCCAUCGUUCCAAGAAAACUCCAAUAUUCCCAUGAACCAUUGCUGGCGGACAAUCAAUGGCGGAAGCCGGCAGCGUGGAAAUUCUAUGAAAUUUGCCCGGUUGAUUUCAUCAACCUCUGGAAUUUGGACUAAAAAUAGCUCACAGUUUCUUUUAAAUACUUUCUCACAUAGAUUUUUUGCCAGAUUGAAUUCUAGCGCCAUGGAAAAUCAGGGAAGUGCAACUGCCAACGGCGCGGUGGAGAAGACCGCCAGUCAGCUCAAGAAAGAGGCCCAAAGGCAGGCAAAGUUGGAAAAAUUCGCCAAAAAGAAAGAGAAGGAGGCAGCUCAGAUGGAGGGUCAGAACCAGAAAAAGAAGGAUAAAAAGAAAAAAGAAACAACCAAGAAAGUUUUUGUGUAUGACAAACCAACAGCUCCAGGAGAAAAGAAAGAUGUCAGUGGAGUUAUGCCUGAUAGUUACAGUCCUGUUUAUGUGGAAGCUUCUUGGUAUGCUUGGUGGGAAAAGGAGGGAUUUUUCAAGCCUGAAUAUGGGCGCAAGAGCCUUCAAGAGCCCAAUCCAAAAGGUUUAUUUAUGAUGUGUAUUCCUCCACCCAAUGUGACAGGGUCACUUCAUCUUGGCCAUGCCCUCACUAAUGCUGUUGAAGACUGCAUAACAAGAUGGAAUCGUCAGAUUGGAAAGACAGCAUUAUGGAAUCCAGGGUGUGAUCAUGCAGGAAUAGCCACACAGGUUGUGGUGGAAAAGAAGUUGAUGCGCGAACAAGGUCUAUCGCGACAUGAUUUGGGAAGAGAGAAAUUUGUUGAAGCAGUGUGGAAAUGGAAGAAUGAAAAGGGUGAUCGUAUCUAUCAGCAGCUGAGAAUGAUGGGAGUUUCUGUUGACUGGGAUAGAGCUUGUUUCACCAUGGAUCCUAAACUCAGCAGGGCCGUAAAGGAAGCAUUCAUUAGACUCCAUGAUGAAGGACUCAUCUACCGAAACAGACGGCUGGUCAACUGGUCAUGUACCUUGAAUUCUGCCAUCUCUGAUAUUGAGGUUGACAAAAAGGAAUUACCUGGAAGAACACUGCUACCUGUCCCAGGUUAUGAAAAUAAAAUAGAGUUUGGAGUAUUGGUGCAUUUUGCUUACCCUGUGGAAGGUUCAGAUGAGAAGCUGAUCGUUGCCACCACUCGUGUGGAAACAAUGUUGGGUGAUACAGCCAUUGCAGUGCAUCCAAAUGAUCAGAGAUACAAGCACCUUCAUGGAAAAUUUGCUCUCCAUCCUUUCUGUAAUCGCAAGCUGCCAAUUGUGUGUGAUGAUAUGGUUGAUCCUGAGUUUGGAUCAGGUGCUGUCAAGAUCACACCAGCUCAUGAUCAUAAUGAUUAUGGAGUGGGUCAGAGACACAGCCUUGACUUUGUCACUAUGAUUGAUGAUAAUGGUAACAUCAAAGAUCUAAAGGACUUUUAUCCAGAUUUCAAGCACUUUGCAGGUUUGAAGAGAUUCAAUGCAAGGAAAGUUGUACUUGAUGCUCUUACUGCUAAAGGUCUGUUUAUCAAAACAGAAGACAAUCAGAUGGUUGUACCUAUCUGUAGUCGUUCAAAAGACAUUGUUGAACCUCUCAUCAAACCUCAGUGGUAUGUGGACUGUAAGGAAAUGGCAGAUAUGGCUGUGAAGGCAGUGCGAAAUGGAGACUUGAAGAUCAUUCCAAGUAUACAUGAGAAAGUAUGGUACGGCUGGCUUGAGAACUGUAGGGAUUGGUGCAUAUCUCGACAGCUUUGGUGGGGUCAUCGCAUCCCAGCAUUUUUUGUGACCAUUGAUGAUCCAAGUGUCCCACCAGGAGAGGAUACUGAUGGCAAAUACUGGGUCAGUGGUCGCACCGAAGAGGAAGUAUUGAAAAAAGCUGCAGAAAGGUUCAAUGUAGCCCCCGAGAAGAUCACUUUGAAACAAGACGAAGAUGUUUUGGACACGUGGUUCUCCUCCGGCUUGUUUCCUUUCUCCAUAUUUGGUUGGCCAGAAGAGACUGACGAUUACAAGGUAUUUUACCCUGGUACGUUGUUGGAGACUGGACAUGACAUCUUAUUUUUUUGGAUUGCCCGGAUGGUGAAAUUAGGCCUUAAACUUACUGGUCAGCUGCCUUUCACUGAAGUGUUUCUUCACGCAAUGGUGCGCGAUGCGCAUGGCAGAAAAAUGAGCAAGUCUCUCGGGAAUGUUAUCGACCCCGUUGAUGUCAUUAAGGGGGUGUCUCUAGAGGAUCUACACCUUCAGCUUGAAAACAGUAACUUGGAUCCGAGAGAGAUUGAACGAGCUCGAAAAGGACAGAAAGAAGAUUAUCCUGAUGGCAUACCAGAGUGUGGCACUGAUGCUUUGCGGUUUGCACUUUGUGCUUACACUGCGCAAGGACGGGAUAUUAAUCUUGAUGUACUUCGUGUGCAAGGUUAUCGUCAUUUCUGCAACAAGCUGUGGAAUGCCACUAAGUUUGCGCUGGGCGGCCUGGGACCUGACUUCAAACCGAAUGUCAAACCAGAGCUUAUUGGGAGCGAAACUCUAGAAGACCGCUGGAUUCUCAGCCGGUUAUCUUAUGCAGAGAAAACAGCAAAUGAAGGCUUUAAGAACUACGAUUUCCCAUCAGCCACGACGGCUAUUUACAACUUCUGGCUUUACGAGCUUUGCGACGUUUAUCUGGAAUACCUUAAGCCAAUUCUUCAAGGAGACAACAAAGAAGCAAUCAACACAGCACGUAACACUCUCUACACGUGUUUGGAGAAUGGGUUGAUUCUUCUCAGUCCGUUCAUGCCUUACGUGACAGAGGAACUAUUUCAACGAUUACCGCGUAGGACUGAAGACUCACCGCCAAGUAUUUGCGUCACACCUUACCCAGGGGAGCUUCCGUGGAGAGACGCAAACCUCGAGGACGAGUUGAAUCUGGUGCAGACUAUUGUGAAAUCGAUCCGUUCCAUUCGUCAAGAGUACAACUUGACACGUGCAAAGCCUGAAGUGUAUGUAGUGUUCUCCGAACAGUCUUUGGCAGGAGCGGUCAGCAAAUACACAGAAACGGCGUGCACGCUUAGUUCCAGCGAAAGGAUUCAUGUGGUGUGCGAGGAGAAGCCUCCACGUGGAUGUGCUGUGGCAACUGUCUCGGACAAGUGCGAAGUGCAUGUGGUUCUCAAGGGUUUGGUGGAUGUAGCUAAGGAAAUCACAAAGUUGGAAGGAAAGAAAGAUAAACUAAAUGGACAGCUGACGAAAUUAAAUGAAGCCAUGGGAAUUGCUGACUACGCCACAAAGGUACCGGAGAACGUUCAGCAACAAAAUUCUGAGAAGCUCAAACAAUUAGAGACUGAGCUUGGGAAGAUCGAAAAGGCGAUUGCUUCCUUUAAACUGGCUGAAUAAUUGAAUUCAAUGCUCCUGUCGAGAAUAAUGGUAAAUGAAUGGAAUACCAAAUAUUUUUCUGC